UAGCUAACCUUAGUAAACUGACUAUCUACCAAGCUAUCUUAGCUAGCUGUAGCCUACAAAGCCCCCAAAACCUCACAAAACAAAUUCCUUUCGGAAUAAGGGGCAAAGUCAACGCCAACGCCAUGAAUUUAAACGACUUUGUUGUCUUCCCCAAUAAGCCCAGAUCAGUGAAGUUAAAUGUCAGGAGCUUGCGGGAGCUGCGCAGGGACACAGCGCAGCUGGACCAGGAGAACAAAGACCUGGAGAGCAGGCUGCGUCAACUUCGAGAGACCAUGAGCCGAGAGAAAGAGGAGAGAGAGAUGUGUGGCGCUCUGCGCUGGAGGUCAGCCCAGCCUGGUGCCCCGGCAAUGAGCAAGGAGAAAGCCACCCACAAACUUUCUGCCAGCAAGAUGAAGAUAAGGGUGCUGAAGAGUGAGACCCUGCCUGAGGCCCCUAGGCCAGCUGAGAGGGUGGUGCAUCCACUUCCCGGGGCCGCAGGGUCGCGCAGGAGGUUCCAGCUCAGAGGCAAGCCAUGCGGCCAGUGCGAAGCCCGGAGCGCAGGCCUGAUGUGCGCGGAAUGUGGAGAGGACUAUUGUGUUGGCUGCUUUGCCAAGUUCCACCAGAAGGGGGCACUGAAGCACCAUCGUAUGAUCCCCCAAAAGGCCGAGCUCCACACGUCGAUCAGCAGCCUGGACGUGCUGGCCCGCUUCCGCAGCCAGACGGCACAACAGCGAGGGUGGAGCGUUCAGUCCCCCCACCACACCGCGGCCGACUCCAACGCUAUGGAGGCAGACCCGAGAUGGGGAGCGGCAGCCGGACACUUCAGUCCCAUGGCCGAUAGACACGCCCAAAACGCACAGGCGUUAUUUUUGAAUGAGGGGAAGGAAAUGGAGGAUGAGCACAAUGAAGGCUCUUUGCUGAGAGGCCAUUUUGAUGAAGAGGAGUCCUCCAGGUCUUUCCAGCUCGCAUUGGCUGAGUGGAGGGAGAGAAGGCAGGCAGCAGAGACAACUGACGAGAGAGAACAUCAUCAAUCUAACAUGGUACCAGCAGUGUGGCCAGAGGUUGAGGCGAUGGGCACCCAGGCAGAAGGGAGGUCUCAGCAGCCCAUCCAUAUCGAGUUCAGGGAGCAUGGCCUGAGCUACAUGGAGAGGCUGCUCUUGAAGCAGCACCGCAGAAGGCAGAGCCGGUCCUACCAGUUGCUGUCAGCACCAAGCUCCCUGAAGGGGCCUCUCCCACACUCAGCCUCGCAGCCCCCUGUAGAGAGCCAUGAACUAACAGAUGAGGAACUGGACCAGCGGCGCUACUGCGCCUCCCUGUUUGCCGUCCCCGGCCCGGCAAGAGGAGAGGGAUCAGGUGACACUUCCGUCGUGGGCCUAAGUAUCAUGAAGAUAGACCAGGAUGCUGGAGACACGCUGGUAAACGGUACUGCUGGAGUCCAGCAGAGGGAUGAUAAGAAAAAACCAGUUCAAGGAAGAGGGAACUUAUUUACAUUUUCCAGAAGCCAGGAAGAAAAGGAGGUUCUGUGGCCAGAGGAGUCACUGCAUUCUUCACCCAGCAGCCCUGCAGUGCCCACUGAAGUGACAGCAGAGCUGGCCGGCCAGCCACCACCAUAUGAGCAGCUCUUACCAUUAGUCACAUCCCAGAAGCUUCAGGCUCCAGAGUCCGAGGGUCCCUCUGUUGGGUCAUCCAGCUCAGCACAGCUAAGCGCUCGCUCAUCAAGUGCUGCAUGGCAGGUGCAGCCGCCAAGGCUCAGUGACUUAGCCCAGCCACACACAUCAAGACGAUCUCCCGCGUCAAAUCCCAGUUUGAAAUGUACAGAGUCCGCACUCUCCUCCUCUCCCGCGCUCUCCCGGAGCGGCGGGGGGAGCCCAAGCUGUCCAGUCACUCAGGACUGGUGCUCCUCUCUUCCUCCCCCUCCCCUCCGUCCACCGCUCGUCACGUCACCCCAGCGCGUCUCCACGGUACCUGUCCAAAACCUUAGCGUGCGCUCCUCACAGACCCCUCUGUCUAACAGAGCAGCCAUCCCUGGGUCACCUUUCCCCUCUCCCACCCCGUGCCCAAGCCCAGCUCACUGCCCUUCACAGCACCAGAACCGGUCCAUCAGGCCUGGAUCCCAGCCGGCUUCAGUCAAGUUUCCUGUACCUGCAGACACACUGCUGUCCUCCUGCUCCCCAGAGAGCAGGGACUCCCUGUGCUCCUCGUCAGGCUGCCCACAUCCAUCUGCAAACUCCGCAAGGUCGACAGACCUGCAUGGGACGCCUCCCCUAUUCCUCCCACCUCAAGGAUCUGAACUCUCUCCCCUGAUGAGCCUGUCGGAUUCCGACAGAUCAAGUGAUUGCGCAGACAUGAUUCCCAUAGAUGAAGACUCCUCUGAUGAAGAGAUAAAGAGAUGUGCAGGUCACAGAGAGCGGGAGGAGCAAGAAGAGGAUGAGAGGGAGGAGAAGAAGAGCAGCUCUUCACCUCUCCAGCGCUCUCCUUCUCCUGGUGGAGAUGACCCUCUCCCCUCUCAGGACUUCCUGCAUGCAGGGCAGGCAACUCCGCCAUCGGGCCUUUUUACGGAACCGUCCCUGGUUCUCAGCUCACUAGCCCAGCGAGAGACCAGCAUUUCCGAGCAAUACCAGGGGCUGGAGGGCUUCCUCACCCUGGGACUGGACACUGGGCGAGUGCAGCCAAGCCCGGCUUCACCCCACACCCCUCCUCAGAGACCUGCCCACUUGGAGGCCUUGGUAGGAGGUCAGGGCAGCUGGAGGCCAGCUAGCAGUCUCCUACUGCAUGCAGAGGAGGAGCUAGUCACCGCGGUGAUUAACAGCCAGCUAAUCAGCAGGUCCCCGCAUGCAGUCUUCUCAAGCUAUGGUGUUGCGUCUCCCUGGAGGAAGAAUCUAUCAGGUGCCUUAGCUCCAGGCCUCCCGGGCACAAGCACCCCAGGCUCGGCCGUCUCACGCCAUCUAAGUCCUGUCCAGCAGCCACACCCUGCCUCCCGACCCCUGUCCCGCGCAGCCUUGGAAAUCAUGGAAGUACAGAGCGUAGAGCAGGCUGGUCUUGGAGACUCUGACUCCGAGGAGGAUGAGGAAAAUUACCUGGCUUUGGCUGGCCUGGAGGAGGAGUUGAAGUGGAUGAGUAGCAACCUGAGUGACGAGAUUCCUAAAAUGGAUUGAGAUUCAUCCUGAAAUUUCUGAAAGGCUCAUUUUGAGUGAGUUGACUGUGGUUAUCAAGGUGUUGCUCAAUUCAGUGCACCAUUUUAAUAGGUAUAACUGAUGUCAUGCUAGAUAAAUGGAACAGUUGUGAUGUAAGAUUUUGAUUUCUGUCAA